UGAUCGAAACAAAACCAAUAAGGCAAAACAAGAAAUGAAUCAUAUUUGCGGCAGAAAAUCCUUCCAGGCAAUAUCUUUUGAACAGAGAGAUACAAGCACUGGGAAAGAGCCAAACUUGCAGAAACUUUGGGAAUUGACUCACAUGAAGAAUGGACAUUGGGUUAAUGAUGCAUCUGCUGAGUUACAUGAUAAGGUGAAAGAAUAUAUUGCUGAACAAAUUCAAGAAAUUGAAGAAGAUAUUGAUUUGGACCCAGUUGUUAAUGCUGCAUUUGUGAAAGUUGUUGGAGAAACGUUAAGUUAUUGCCGUGGUCAAGGUUUGGGAGUUAAUUCAACAAGUAAGAGAUCCAUGAAUGAAAUUCAAGAGAAACUACAAGCACAACAAAAAGAGGCAGAAGAAGAGCGUCGUAAACGAGAGAGUGUAGAAUACCAGCUAAAGGAAGUAAAGAUUAAGCUUGAGGAAGAGCGAAAAAAUUGAGAAGCCAUAAUGCGUGACCAAAAACUAUUGAAAGAGAGCAUGGUGGCACUAGCAUCACAUAUACUAAGUAAUGAGGUAUUUCAAUUACUUGCUUUUGGUCCUAAAAUAUUUCGUCAAACUACACAACAAUAAAAGUGGUAGCAUCACUUUCCUCUUUUGUGGUAUUCUUUUCAUUCUCUACGGCUUGAAUUGGUGGUGGUGGUGGUACUGCUGAUGUUUCUGCAUCUUGCAAUAUUAUUAAGUGUACAAAAAUA